ACAUAUUAGAACGUUUGCCAACACUGCCCUCAUGUGACAGCUGUCGGUGGAAAAAAUAAUGAUAAGCCAAGUCGGACGAGAGCUCUACAAAGUGCCGCUUCGCAUUUUAGACCAUCGUGUGUUUGUAAACGGCGAGAUCGAGUCUUUCCUGGAGAAUUUCGAGGUGCGGCGCAACGACAGCGAAGUGGAGAAACUUUUCCAGGUCACCGAGACAGUCGGAUCCCUGAAAUACGACCUCUCGGAGCGGUGUAUUGCAUCGGGAACGCAGAACUUAGGCCAACUGGACACGGAGGUCAAUCAUCUGCUGGACGAGGUCAACGCACUGCUAGCGAAGGCGAAAGUGGAACGAACUGCCAGCACCCAGUUGCAGGAGGCGCGACUGGCACGUGAGCAACGCCGGGCGGAGUUUCUGACCAAUUUGGAACACGGCUAUCGCCGCAUCGAGAACUCAUUCGAGGAGAAGGAGGAGGAAAUCGCCGAACUCUACUCGGACCUUCAGUUGAAACUGAACAUUGCCAAGUAG